AUGUUCGGGAAUGAAGCAUGGAUGUGGAAUUGGGGACACAUAUCCACUGAAUAUGGCUUGCCUAAUGUGUCUGAUCACGCUCCCAUGAUGAUACAUAUGUCACAAGGUCCUAAACCUCCUAAAUCACUCUUUAGAUUUUUUAAUGUCUGGAAGGAUCAUGCUAAUUUCAUUCCUAUAGUGACCAGAAAUUGGACCAGAAGAACAGCAGGAGGCAACAUGAAACAUGUGUGGUAUAAUCUGAAGAAACUUAAGGCCGAGUUUAAGCAGUUGAAUGAUGAUGAAUUCAAGCAUAUUGGGCAGAAAGUUAUAGCCUGUAGAAAUGAACUGGAGAUGAUUCAGACUGAGAUGAGAUCAGAUCACUCUAAUUACCUAAUAAUGAAGGAGAAAGAAGUAUUGCUUAAUCUAGAAAAAUGGUCUAUGAUAGAAGAGAGUGUGCUGAAACAAAAGGCUAGGGUGAAUUGGAUUUCGCUGGGUGAUGCUAAUACAAAGUACUUCUCUGCUGUAAUGAAGGAGAAACAACAAAGAAAGCAUAUACUAAAUCUCACAUCUCAGGAUGGGGCAAAUUUGAAGGAGGCUGAGGAUAUCAAACUAGAGAUUGUCAAAUUUUAUAAGGGAUUGAUGGGUACUGCUGCUCAGAGCCUACCUGCUGUAAAUGUUAUAAUUAUGCAACAAGGACCUUUUCUUUCACAUGAGCAACAAUAUGAGCUGAAUAAAGAUAUUACAGAUGCUGAAAUACUAGAAGGUCUUAAUCAGAUUGGAUCUGAUAAAUCCCCCGGGGUUGAUGGCUAUAAUGCAACUUUUUAUAAGGCUGCACUACCAGUGAUCAAGGCAGACAUCAUUGCAGCUGUCCAGGAAUUUUUCGCACUGGCUGGAUUUAUUCCUGGGAGAAAGAUUGUUGAUAAUGUUAUUCUAGCACAUGAGCUGGUACAAGCAUAUACUAGAAAACAUAUUUCUCCCAGAUGUAUGCUAAAAAUUGAUCUCCAAAAGGCCUAUGAUAGUGUUGAGUGGGUAUAUUUGAGGCAGAUAUUGGAGUAUAUGAAAUUCCCUACAAAAGUGAUUGGCUGGAUCAUGGAAUGUGUGCAAACGGUGAGCUAUACUAUUAGCAUAAAUGGGGAGUAUACCUCUCCUUUUGCUACAGCUAAGCGAUUGAGAUUGCAAUUGCAAUGGAAUAUCUUAGUAGGGGGUUACAUGAAUUGCAGCAUGAUGAAGGUUAUCGAGUUUUCUACAGCUUCUGGAUUGAAAGCAAAUUUAAACAAAAGCAGUGUAUAUUUUGGUGGUGUCUCACUAUAUGAUAAAGAUCUGAUUUUACAACAUCUUGGGUUUGUAGGUGGGGAGUUGCCUUUCAAAUACUUCGGAAUUCCCUUAUCUACCAAAAAACUAAAACUUAUCCAAUGGCAACCAUUUAUUGAAAAGAUAGUCAGUCAAAUCACUUCUUGGACAACAAAGAAACUUUCAUAUGCUGGUAGAGUCCAAUUGGUGCAAACAGUGCUCUUUGGGAUACAAUCUUAUUGGUCGCAGAUGUUCCCCUUACCUAGUAAGGUAGUCCAAAUAAUUAAAGCUUAUUGCAGAAGCUAUGUAUGGGCAGGGACUAACACCAUCAACAAGAAGACUUUGAUUGCUUGGGAUACAGUUUGUUCACCUAAGUCUGUGGGUGGGUUUAAUAUCAUUAAUUUGCUUCUGUGGAACAAAGCAGCCAUUGCUAAACUUUAUUGGGACCUUACACAUAAACAAGAUAGCGUUUGGAUACGAUGGAUACAUGCUUACUAUUUCAAGACUCAGAACCCUUCCACUAUGGUGACACCACAACAAGCAUGUUGGAUGAUAAAGAAGAUUAUGGAGGCUAGAAGGUUUUGGGCACUGGAUAGCGGGUCUAAUAUAUCUGGCAAGAGAAUCCUAAGACAAAACUACUUAGAGCUGCUGGGAAACAGAGCUAGAGUACCUUGGAAGGUUACUAUGUUUAGUAAUACUCCAAGACCCAAAGCUGUGUUUAUAAUGUGGGUUCAACUACAUGCUAAGAUGCUAACCAAAGAUAGGCUCCGAAAAUGGGGUCUGGAGAUCAAUCCCACAUGUGUGUUAUGCAAUCAGGAAGAUGAGACGUGGGAUCAUUUGUUUGCGCAAUGUGAAUUUACUAUGCAUGUUUGGGCAAAGAUGUUACUUUGGAUGCAGAGACAGAACCCUCAGACUACCAAUUGGAACGAGCAUCUUCAGUGGGUGAUCAAGAAUUCAAAAGGGAAAACUACGCAGGCAUAA